AUGUCGUGCCUUGAUUGUGAAAGGGCCGUUGCCAUGCUCUGUGCUUCGUACCCAGCCGGACAAGGCCGACAUGGGACGUGCUUGAUAAUUUACUUGCAUCAAAGUGAUGAAGGGGUGAGUGGGCCCCCGAUAUGGCUGUCGACGGUUCUUCGGCACUUGCAAGCGGCGUCUGGAGCGGGACGCAAUCACAGCGCCGUGCCUUGCAAGGGCAGCAUGAUGAGUGAGCAAACAAGACGAAUGAUGGAUGGCCGCGGAGGUUGUUGGUCCGGCCCGCGACGCCGACGGGGAGCAACAGAAAACACCCUUGAAAGGCCAGAAGCAGCAGAAGGGGCAGCUGGCCGGUUGGGCUGUUGGGCGCCCAGAGCGGCGGACGAGCCGGGGGCCCAAGUGGCCACGGCCCCGAAACCCAGACAUGCAUCCACAACAUGCAUGCCGUACAUGUACUCAUCGUGUGUGCAUGUGGGAUGGGAGGGACAAGAGAGUGCCGUCGGGAGCGCGCCGGCCGGGGACGACGGAUAG